GAAGUCACCGUCUUCCCGUCGCUACUACCUUGUAAACUUUGUUACGCGAAAGGAUAGAUAGCCAAACCUCUGUCUCUCUCUUUCUCUCUCCCCUAUAUUUGUAAAUAUAUAUAUAUGAUGCAAAUUCCUUUCCUCAGACUUGCUAUCUUUACAGCUUUGGUUCAUUGCACGUAAUAUAUAUAUAUAAUCAAGAACAACUAAAAAAAGAGAGAAAAGGAGGGCCUCACGCCCUCUUUCUUCUUCUUAUGCCUCUUCUCAGAUCUUAGAUUCUCUCAAACUUCCCAUCUGGGUCGUCUUCAUUGGGUGGUGUCCCGGGUGGUCGAUCGGUGAUUGAUCGGUGUAUGCUCGGAGGGUCCUGGAUUGAAUCCAAGAAAACCAUUUUUUUUUUUUUAAUCUUAGGAUUGGAGCAUCCGAGUUUUCUGUGAAUUCUGCGAGGAGUGGAGAUGGAAAUGGAGCCUGGAAAGCUUUUCAUUGGUGGGAUAUCUUGGGACACAAAUGAAGACCGUCUUAGAGAGUAUUUCCAGUCUUUUGGAGUAGUAGUGGAAGCUGAGAUAAUGAAGGAUCGAGCCACAGGUCGUGCCCGUGGUUUCGGUUUUGUUGUUUUUGCAGACCCUGUUGUUGCAGAAAGAGUUGUUAUGGAAAAGCAUGUGAUAGAUGGCAGAACUGUUGAAGCAAAAAAAGCUGUUCCUAGAGAUGAUCAGAACAUGCUGAGCAGAAACAAUGGCAGCAUGCAUGGGUCUCCCGGUCCUGCCCAUACAAAGAAGAUAUUUGUAGGAGGAUUAGCAUCCACAGUCACGGAGAGCAAUUUUAAGAAGUACUUUGAUCAAUUUGGUACAAUAACAGAUGUGGUGGUGAUGUAUGACCAUAAUACGCAACGGCCAAGAGGAUUUGGGUUCAUUACAUAUGAUUCAGAGGAAGCAGUGGAGAAAGUGUUGUACAAAACCUUUCAUGAACUCAAUGGCAAACUGGUUGAAGUUAAAAGGGCUGUCCCCAAAGAACUAUCUCCAGGGCCAAGUCGGGGUCAAAUGGGUGGAUAUAACUAUGGUCUGAGUAGAGUUAGAAGUUUACUUAAUGGCUACGCUCAAGGAUACAAUCCAAGCUCAGUCGGGGGCUAUGGAAAUAGAGUGGAUGGUAGAUUUAGUCCAGUUACUGCUGGUCGUAGUGGAUCUCCUUCAUUCAGUCCUGGAUAUGGGCCAGGAUUGAAUAUUGAACCCGGAUUGAGUCCAAGCUAUGGGGGAAAUGCAAACCUUAGUUCUAACCUUGGUUUUGGACGGGUAUUGAACCCUUUAUAUAGUGGGAAUUCAAAUAGGAAUGUUAACCCUGUUGGAUAUGGUGUGGGAAAUGGGAGGAAUAGUUCAGUCUUAAGUUCAGCAAGCCGUAAUCUGCUGGGGAAUGGGAGUAUUAAUUAUGCUACUAACUCUGCCAACUCCACUGCUCUGCUGGGCCUCAGAAAUGGAAGUUCAGGAAUAGCUUCUUUUGGCAAGAUUGGAGCACUUUGGAGUUCCUCUCCUAACUCAGGUCAAGGGGGAGGUGCUGGUACCACCUACAGCAGUGACUAUCUUAGUUAUGGCAGUGGAGAAGUCAACUUUGGUUCAGGAGGGAUGGGUUAUGGAAGAAGCAGUGGAACUGGUGUUUCACUGGUGUCAUCAUAUGCUGCAUCAAAUAGUGGUUACAGUGGAUCCUAUGGUUUGUUCUAUGGGGACCCAACUUGGCAAUCUUCACCUCCAGAGCCAGAGGGGUCUGGCUCAUUUGGUUAUGGGCUUGGAAAUGCAGCUUCUGAUGUUUUAAGUAAAAACUCUGAUGAUUAUGUGGGUCUUUAUAGUGUUACCAAUAGACAAUCAUACAAAGGAAUUGCUGUGUAGAAUGACCAUGAUAGGGUCACCAGGAAAAUUUUAUAGGUAACUGAUAAUUGGCAAAGAAGAUCGAGUACUCUUGAUCCUCGUACAAUUUCAUCGGUCAGAGGCUUCAGUUCACAAAACAUGAGUAGAGCCAAUGGUUUCACCAUUUUCGAAGUACUUUCUAGAGGACGGUUACAAGGCAUUUCUUAUAAGGUCUGUGCUUGAGUUUAGUAGAGGUUUCUUCCUUGGAAUUUGAUUGAGAUUUAUUAUCAGGUUGCUGAGGUAUACCUACACAGAUUUAUUGUAUCUUGCUUGUCUGGCUACAAUGCGAUACAGAAACGUGCGAGUCUCUUUCUUCAUCGAAUUUUUUUCUUUUCAUAUCAAGCAAAGUUCCUGGAGGUUGUGUGUUUUGGCUGAUUGUACUUAAUGCCUGGUUGAUUAACUAGUUACUAGAGUGAUACUCUGAAGGAUUGCCUUUAUGGGUCAGAAAAUAAUUUACAGCAUGGUGAGUCAUCCCCUGCAAAUGCUUCCUUGGCAAUUACUUCAUUUAAGGAUAUGGAUGCUGUUCAUCUU